AUGCAGUGGACGACUUGGGGAUAAAAUGCCCCGCCAUGCCCCUCCAAGGCUCAAAAAGAGCUGAUUGCUGCCCAUCAUUAUCAUCUGCAUGGUUUCCCCAAUUCAAGUGUCCCAAAUACUUGCGCAUACCCCCAAGCGACUUAAAGACGGCGAUCGAGAGACUUAAAGACUGCAGACCUGACGGCCUGAAGACCGCAGGACCGAAAGACUGGAGACCGGACCUGCCUCUUGCUGCCCCUCACCCCACCAAAACUUCACAAACCAGGGGAAGUUUGGAUUGGGCUAUACUCAUACUCGAUUUCCCUCCCAGCACACGGUGUUUUCUGUCUUCUGAGCCAGACGAACACACAUUUCUCCAUUGUCCACACUCUUUCCUCUAAAUUUCACCGUAGUUCCCUGGGACUCACGUUCCGCCGACCACCCACCAUGCUCGACAUCACCGAUUUCAUAACCGAGAGGGGCGGAAACCCAGAGAAGAUCAGGGAGAGCCAGCGUCGCCGCAAUGCACCCGUCGAGGUCGUAGACCAGGUGAUCGCCUUGUUCGAGGACCACCGACGCACCAACUACGAGGCCAUGCAACUCAACACCAAGAUCAACGACGUCCAGAAGCAGAUCGCCACCAAGAAGAAGGCCAAGGAGGACGCCUCCGAGCUGCUCCCCCAGAAGAUCGCCUUCGAGAAGGAGAAGAAGGGCCUGCUCGACUCGGCCGCCGAGAAGGACGUCGCCCUCAAGAAGCUCGUCAAGACCAUCGGCAACUACGUUCACGACAGUGUUCCCGUGAGCAACACCGAAGAUGACAAUGUCGUUCUGAAGACAUGGGCCCCCGAGGGUGUCACGCCCGAGAAGAAGGACGUGCUCAGCCACCACGAGGUUCUCACGAGACUGGACGGCUACGACCCCGAGCGCGGUGUAAAGGUUGUUGGCCACAGAGGUUACUUCUUGAGACAAUGGGGUGUCUUCCUGAACCAGGCCUUGAUCAACUACGGUCUCCAAUUCUUGGCCGAGAAAGGCUACACACCACUGCAGUGUCCCCAGUUCAUGAGCAAGGAGCUCAUGGCAAAGACGGCCCAACUCGAUGCCUUCGAUGACGAGCUGUACAAGGUUGUUGACGGAGACUCACAGAACGACAAGUACCUCAUCGCCACCUCGGAACAACCCAUCUCUGCCUUCCACUCCGACGAGUGGCUGCAGGCCAGGGAUCUCCCCAUCAGGUAUGCUGGUUACUCUAGCUGUUACCGCAGAGAAGCUGGUGCCCAUGGUCGUGAUGCAUGGGGCAUCUUCCGCGUACAUCAGUUCGAGAAGAUUGAGCAGUUCUUACUCACUGACCCCGAAAAGUCUUGGGAAGCGUUCGAUCAGAUGUUUGCCAACUCGGAGGAAUUCUACAGAUCUCUUGGCCUGCCGUACCAAGUCGUUGCGAUAGUUUCAGGAGCUCUGAACAACGCCGCCAGCAAGAAAUAUGAUCUGGAGGCUUGGUUCCCUUUCCAAGGAGAGUACAAGGAGUUGGUCUCUUGCUCAAACUGUACCGAUUACCAGUCUCGCGGCCUUGAAAUCCGCUUCGGUACCAAAGCUCAAACGGAUACAAAGAAGAAAUAUGUCCAUGCGCUGAACUCUACCCUGUGUGCUACUGAGCGAGCGCUUUGCUGUAUUCUUGAAAACUACCAGACUGAGGAUGGUUUCAAUGUUCCCGAAGUGCUGCGCAAGUAUCUGCCUGGUGCUCCUGAGUUCAUCCCUUACAGCAAGGAGCUCCCCAAGGAUUCUACUUCAGCAAAGAUCAAGGCUAAGGAGAACAAGGGUGCCAAGGGCAAGGUUGCGGCUGCUGUUGAGCAGGCUGGCGAGAAGCUGAAGAACGUGACCGUAUAGGUUGUGAGAGAUUAAGCUUGAUGGUUGUAGAGAUCUGAACAUAAUCUGACGAUCAUGACUAUCCAUUAGAUGAGAAAAGACAAAAGAAAAAAGAAAAUUCAGCCUAA